UUCAAGGAACCGCCACUCAUAAACUUGUUUGUGCGUGAUAUGAAUUUGCGUCCUGGUGAUGAGGGUAUUGAAAAAGAAUGUGAAUACAGGUACAUACAAAUGCCUUAUUAUUUUAAAGGUACAUUAACUCCCAGCUCGAAGCAAAAACUAUGCACUUGUUAAGGGAAGCCGAUGAAAUAUUGGCUCACGGGGCUAAAUCGACGAAUGAUGAUUUAUGUAAAGCGUCACUUCUAAACUCAGAACACUGCAGGUACCUCGGAUAAUCACUAAUAUCGCCGAAGUUCUUCACGUCAAUCAGUUGAUACUGUAGAACCGACAUCUGAGUAUCUUGAUAAAGACAAUCUAAACACUGCAUCUGUUGAUGAAGUUGAAUACCGUGACGAGCCCGAUAAGAAUGAAAUGAAUGACAGGAAUAUUCUUCCGGAAGCUGCUGCGGGACUAAGCUUAAAAGCUCAAAACCGAUAUUUGCAAGCGAAAGUUCGUGUUCUGUUGGAAGAAAAUCAGAAGCUGAAUUCACAAAUAGCUCAACAGAAUGAAGAAGGAGUCCGAAUGAAAAAUCGUAUUCAAGAACUGGAAGAUGAACGCAGUCGUUUGCAUAGAGUUACAUCUUCGCAUUCGAAUCAACUAGAGAAAAUGAAGAAAAGUUUAAGCGAGACACGAAGUCAUUGCAGUACUCUUGAAACAGAGAAGACUAAUUAUAAAAAAGACUAUGAUUCAGUUAAACGUAGUUUAGAUCAACAAGCUGCUGAAAUUAAAGCCUUAACAACACGUUUGAAUCGUGCAACUGAAGAAUGCGAUCGUUAUAAAGCAGAGUUGGAGAAGGUUCGUUCAUCUACUCGAGAAAAUGUUGAUUCCCUUCGUCAUAAUGUUGAUAAUUUAAUGACUGAGAAUAAACGAUUAGAAAGGCAAAAAACUGAAUUAAUUGGAGCAUUCAAAAAACAAAUGAAACUGAUUGAUGUAUUACGUAGGCAAAAGAUGUUAAUCGAAGCGUCGAAAUGCUUACAAAUCACUGAAGAAGAAUUUCUAAAGGCUUUGGAUUGGUAAAUUGCAGACAUUUUGAAUUCUUCUUGCAUUAUACUUAAAUAUAAAAUACUUUCAAACUGGUGAUUCGUUAGUUGUGAACACACUGAAUAUGUAACCAACCAAUCAUAUCAUAUCGUAUCACUUACAGUUAUAUUUAUUGUUUUUUAUUUGUUCAUUUUAAAUUCAACUAAGUUGUACUGCCUUUAUUGUAGAAAAUAUAUUUUUUUUUUCGUAUAGAAUAUUUGUGUGCUC